CUCCGAAAACCCAAACAAACACCAAUAGCUCUAUUAUUAAAGACGUUUAUAGCCGCGACAGAGUGUAAUCUCGGUAAUUCUUGCAGAUUGUAUACAUAUAUAUGAAUAAUUCUCUAUCGGAGGCUAUCUUGCUCAGGAGAAGGUAACAGCUACACGGUAUCGUCAUGAAACACUGCAAGUUAGCUCGCUAGCACUUAGCAAGCUGAUGAAUGUGUGCUGCCGCUGCUAAGGUAGCCAUUUUGGAAUCGUGUUGUUCAAACGAAGCCAGGUCCACUCUGUUCCCGUGCUGAUACCAGUGAACCCUCAGCAAGAAACAGACAACUGCACAGAAACUUCAUGUGAGAGAAACAACUUCAAGAAGCAAAGGAAAGACCCACUUGACACAUUUUGGACACAUGAUGUUUUUCAACUUUCAUUUUUUUUGCGCACAGAGGAAAAGGAGUUGUUUGAGCUUUUCUUAAGGAUUUCUUUUUGGACAAGUUUAAUUGUUGUUAAGCAACUAUUGUGCAUCACACAAAGACCUUUUGACUUGUGGAAGAUUUUUGUUUGGCUUUUCAGCUUGCAUAUCUAUGAAAUCAGAGCUAUACCCUAUAUCUGCUUCAAUCAGAAAGCUGUUGAUAAUUAAAUGGUCAUCUUACAAAUGUGAUAUUAAAACAUAUAAAGAUAAAAACACCACUAUAAUGCAUCAUCCAGCAGCAUCCCUGUUUCACUAACCAAAACUGAAAAUGACAGCAAUGUAACAUAGGGUUUUACUUCCUUCAUUGUCAUGUGACUUUGAACCUUUCAGCAUUAUUUUCUUCAAACUCAGACAGUCUUUUUCAUCAGUUUAAUGAGGUGAGCAGUGGCUUUCAGUGACCUCCAUUGCCAGUAAAAGAGUCUCUGAACUCAUUUUUCUUUUCUGCAUGCUGUUUCAGUAGAUCUUAAAAUGAUUCGGUAAAAGGUCCGUCCGCGCUAAAACAUACUGGCACACAGUGUGGCAGGACGACGCCUGUCUCUCCCCCCAUCGUGUGUCAAAGUGGAACUGCUACACUAACGGCUGUCCAUACUUCAGGGCAGAAGAUUUUCCCAGACUGCUUCCUUGUAUUAAUAAUAAGAACCUGGCUCUUCCUUGCCGUUAGGACAAAUCAGUUCAUUUUGCCAAUCAGCAUAAAGUCCAAUCAGGUUUUAGUCUUACUCCUGACAUUUAGAGCAAAUGGUUCAAAUACAUUUGUGAAGGAUUCAAUCUGACUGGAAACAGUAGCACUCAUCAUCAUCAAUUCAUCAGAGACGUGACCGGCACAGGAGCUGCUUGGGAAUCUGGUUCAGGAAGGGAAAUCUGUCCCUCAUAACCCUGUGCGCUUCUGCUUUUAAAAACUACUUCCUGCUUGGCCAGUUCUCUGGAUCACCAUUCCAGAUCAUUCCUGCGACCCUUUGACUCGUCUCCCAGUGUUUCACCCUGGACGAAGGGAUCUGCCUCUGGGGAAAGGGGCUGUGCUGUCCUGGCGGAGCUGGAGAGGGGGUUGUCGGUGUACUGCUCCCUGUCUGUCAGUGCACACACUCAGUGAUCAGCGCCAACAGGCCUGAGGAACCGAGCCCAGCCGGAGCGAGAGAGGAGGCAGAGGACUUCAGAGCCACAGACUCUGGGAUCCUGGCCAUGAGGUUUGAUGCCUCGAUCCACUGACCGGAAACACUGGACCUAAAUGGCGCAGCAUGACUUUGUCCCUGCCUGGCUUAACUUCUCCACGCCCCAGCCUGCCAAGUCCCCUGCUGCCAACCUUGAGAAACAAGGUGAGCCCCACCUCCACAGAGACAGCCGAACUGCUGUGAGUCGCCGCCGCCACAACUCCUCUGAUGGCUUCUUCAACAACGGCUCCCUGCGCGCUCCAGCAGGGGACGGAUGGCAGCAGCCCUCUCUGCUUCUACGGCAUGACUCUGUGGACUCUGGGGUGGCCAAAGGUGGGCAUGGUGGGCUGGCAGGGGGCUCAUGUUGGAAGGAAACACCCAGCUGGCAUGGAGCUUCACGGGGUGCCCAGGAUGGCCACCACCACCAGGGACGCCACCCCAAACGGGUAGGAGGCGACAGGGACAGGCAAGGGGUGCACCGGCAGCGCAAUGGCAACUUUCAUCCCCGCAAGGGCACCUCGUACCAGGACAAGUUCCCCAACGAGGAACGCAAAGACGGCAAGGACGACAAGCUGAAGUUCGUGGAAGAGGACUUUCCUUCCCUCAAUCCUGAAACAACUGGAAAGCCUGGGACUCAGAUGCGUGCAGUGGCUCCCCAUGCUGGAGUGUGGGAAAACCCCCCUAGUGGCAAACAGAUGGCGUCCAAAAUGCUGGUUAUCAAGAAGGUUUCCAAGGAGGACCCCAGCACGGCCUUCUCUGCUGGGUUUGCCACUGCUGGCGCCUUGCCCACCAACGGCAGCAAAGCUCCCAUUGCAGGCUCCAGCGUCUACAAGAACCUGGUCCCAAAGCCUGCUGUGGCCCCCACAAAAAGCACCCAGUGGAAAUCCAGUGGUAGAGAGAUCACUAAGUCUGGCCUUCACAUGCCAGGCCGAGAUUCAGUCUUCACCAGCCCCGUCUCUGCAGCCAAACCCAGCACCCCAGUCAGUGCACCACAGCACAACACCCCAAAAGAGCACCCUUCUAGCACGACUCCUCCCAUAGACAUAGCCCCGUCGAGGCUGAAGCUGAUGCGUCGUGGUCCGGACCGCAAGAGCGAGUUCCUGCGAGCCCUGAAGGACGAGGGCACCGGAGAGCUGACGACAAGCAGCAGCCCGGGAACAUCAGGAGAGGGUGAAAGCACCACCCCAGAGCCCAAAGCCUAUAGCGAGGAAGUCUGCCAUGAGAAUGGUCUGUCCUACUCCCUCAGUGACUCAGACACCGAACACCUGUCCAGCUCUCUGGAGGCAGAGCACAGGUUGCUGAAGGCCAUGGGCUGGCAGGAGUACCCAGAAAAUGAUGACAACUUCCUGCCUCUGACGGAGGAUGAGCUGAGAGAGUUCCAGACUAAAACUGAGCAGCUGAAGAGGAACGGCAUGCAGAGGAAUGGGGUUCUCCCGAGGGCGCGGGGUGUAACCCUCCACUUCACCCCCUGGAGGAGUGUGGCGGAGGUGAACGUCGAAGAGGGCUCAGAGUCCGAAACCAGUAGCAGCAGCCAGACCUCUGAUGACGACGACUGCAUCAAAUCCUAACGUGGCUUUACGGAACAAAAAAAAUCAACACCACCACAACAUCCCAGCAAGCAAUCCCCCUCUUCCUCUCUCAUCUUUGUUUUUAGAGCACCAUUUUGAAUUUCUUUUGUUUUGAUUUUUUUUGUCGUCAUUCUUGCACAAGGGAAAAACCAAUCAUAUCCCAGUGAAGGGGGAGAUACCUGCUCCGCCAGACGUCGUUUUCCCUGCGUUUCCUCCUUCACUGCAGUCCCUGCCCUCUUUGACCUCCCUCCUCCCCCUCCCUCCUUUUUCUUCCUCGCUUCGUGGAACUGAAGUGUUCAUCAAGAAAAGAAGGGCAAUGAAUGCACACUUGAUUCUGCUUUAAACAGACUAACUCAUUUCAUUGAUGAUGCUGAUGACACAUUAUUAAUGAUAUUAAUAAAAAUUGGUUCCUGACAAGCUGAUAUGUUUCAAUAUGAA